AUUCUGCCUCGAUUUUUUUAAAAAAUAUCAGGAAACACACACCGAUCCCAUUCUCUCUCUCUCUGGAUCUCCAUCACCAUUGACUGAUCGAUUUCAGAAGCUCGUCCGUCACUCCUCCGUCGCAGGUUCUAGUCUUGGAAGGAUCUCCCCACACUUAUCAUCCUCUUUUCUCUACGGCAAAGCUCCCCAGCUCCCUCUUUCCUCGCCACCAUGUUCUGGAAGCUAGCGUCUCUCUCUGCAUCGUCUCCUGUGGACUCGAUACUUGACAAAGAGAGUUUCGCAUUGGAAGAACUUCUUGACGAGGAAGAGAUUAUUCAGGAAUGCAAAGCUUUGAAUAGCCGACUCAUCAAUUUUCUAAGGGAUAAAGCUCGAGUGGAGCAACUAUUGCGGUAUGUUGUCGAAGAACCUCAGGACGAUGCUGAUAGCAAACGUGCUUUCAAGUUUCCAUUCAUCUCUUGCGAGAUAUUCACAUGUGAAAUUGAUGUUAUUCUCAAGACUUUGGUGGAGGAUGAGAAGCUGAUGGAUUUGCUAUUCGCCUUUCUGGAACCGAAUCGUCCUCAUAGUGCGUUGCUGGCAGGCUAUUUCGGCAAGGUUGUCAUAUGUCUUAUGAUCAGAAAGACUGCAGUGCUUAUGAACUAUAUAAAAGGGCAUCAAAAUGUUUUUAGCCAGUUGGUUGAUCUGAUUGGAAUAACAUCCAUUAUGGAGGUUUUGGUUCGCUUGGUUGGGGCUGACGAUCAUGUCUAUCCCAACUUUCUGGAUGUGAUGCAAUACUUGGCUGAUAGUGAUUUACUUGAAAUGAUUGUGGACAAACUAAAUCCAUCUAGUCUUCCUGAGGUUCAGGCAAAUGCAGCAGGAACAUUAUGUGCAAUUACUCGAAAUGCACCUUCAGCUUUAGCUACAAAACUCUCUAGCCCUGGCUUCGUUUCUAGGAUAUUUGGUCAUGCUAUAGAAGAUUCACAUUCAAAAUCUGGCCUAGUUCAUUCACUUACUGUAUGCAUCUCUCUGUUAGAUCCGAGGAGAUCUGCUGCUUCAUCGCCUUUCUUCAAUUCUUACAGAGGUCAAAAUAUGUUUGAGUCUCCUGUCCCAGUGACCCAAGAGACUAUUGGUGCCAUGCUACCUAAACUUGGUGACAUGCUCAUGCUUCUCAGUGUAGCGUCUGACAGCAAAGUAUUACCUACAACGUAUGGAGAGCUGAGGCCGCCUCUUGGAAAGCAUCGUCUGAAGAUUGUAGAAUUCAUUGCUGUUCUGUUGAAAUCUGGAAAUGAAGCUGCUGGGAAAGAAUUAGCGAGCUCUGGAACAAUCAAAAGAAUCCUUGAACUAUUUUUUGAGUACCCAUACAAUAACGCUCUGCAUCACCAAGUGGAGAGUAUAAUACUUUCUUGUUUGGAAAAUAAGAGCGAAACAAUGGUUAACCAUAUCCUUCAAGAAUGCAAUCUGAUUUCCAAAAUUCUUUCAUCAGACAAAGACUCGGUUCUUUCUGGUGAUAACCUGCCUACCGUGGUUGCCACUGGGAAAAAACCACCGCGGGUCGGAUAUGUUGGACAUAUCACAAGACUGUGGAAUAAACUUGUCCAGUUGAGUGAUAGCAAUGGCCUGAUAAAGGCAUCUCUUCAGGAAAACAGUGAAUGGAACGAGUGGCAAAGUAGUGUUCUGCAGGAGCGCAACACUGUUGAGAAUGUGUACAGAUGGGCAUGCGGGCGCCCAACCACACUACAAGAUAGAACAAGAGACAGUGAUGAGGAAGACAGGGAUUACGAUGUUGCAGCUCUGGCCAAUAAUUUGAGCCAAGCAUUUAACUACAGAAGCUAUGGAAACGACGAUAAUGAAGAGGACCAAAACACUCUUGAUAGAGACGAUAGUGAUGCACACUUCGACGAUGAAUCUACUGAAGUAGUAAUUUCAUCCUUGAGACUCGGAGAUGACCAAGGAAGCAGUUUGCUCACAAGUUCGGACUGGUUCACAUUCCAAGACGACAGAUUCAGCGACACAACGAUCGAAGACGUGUACUUGAACGGAAACUCAGAUGCCAAUAAUAGCAGCAGUAGCAGUGACGAUGAAGUUCUGGUUGGAGAAGAAGAAGAAGAAGACGAUGAUCUAACCGAGAAACCGACAUCAGAGAACAACGAUGAACCUUCUGAAAUGCAAAUCGAUGUACCAAUGCUAAAUGUCAAAACCGAACCGGUGAUGAUUCCAAAUGGUUCCCCAACAUCCGGAAGCAGAAGCUCGGGACAGAAAUCGCCUCCGGCGGUACGAGCAUUGUUUGAAGACGAUGUUGAGUUUGUUGGAGUGGAACCAGAAGGGACAGAGAAAGCAAUGGAGCAAGCUUUGAAAGAAGGGAUCGUCGGUGAAGCUGGACCGUUGAAGCGGAGCAUCGUUCAGAAAGUUCCGGAGAACGAAAACAAAGAGGAGAAUUCGGGAGUGAAAGAGUUUAACGACUCAAAUUUCUGGAGGGUUGAUCAACAGGUUACUUUUUUGGAGUAAAAAAAAAGCAUUUGAUAAAGUUUUUGUCUCGUAAUGCUGAUGCUCUGUUUUCUUUGUUUUGUUUUUUGGUUUUAUAUAAUUGUUAUCAUUUUAAAAAAUGCAUUUGAUUUUACAUAUACUCUUUGGAUCAGAUAUUUAUUGGAUUAUACAGUUUUUUCUAUACUAGUCUCCGAUUUUAAGUA